GUAAGAGAUUGCGAAAAAAAUUAUCAAUUUUAGUAGCUUAACACAUUUAAUUUCUCUAUAGUUUAUAGCAAAAAAAUGGAACUCUCUGCAUUUCUAAAUAAUUGUACUUCAUUUUCUUCAACUUCUUUAGUUUUUGCACCAUCAUUCCUGGAAUUCUCUUUCCAACUUGCUUGGUAGAGUGAACUGGGCGUUGGCAAUUUUACUUCUUUUGCUUGGAAAUGUGAAGUAAUUAGAUACCCAUAUGAAAAUACCCUAAAUUAGAGUUGAAGUUUUGAUUUUUGUUCUGGGUAUGGAGUAUUAUGCUAAAUUCAAGAAGCUAUGUCAAAUUGAAGCAAGGAGGAAUAUUUUAAUACUGUGUAUUGUUGCUAUUACAUGUUUGAUGCUUCAGUACUUUAUGCUUCCUUAUGGAAAUGCACUGAAGUCUUUACUUCCAAAUAAUGGAGCUCACUCUAGUGUCAAAAGUGGCUUUAACUUAAUCCAAUCAUUGGUAAAAUCAGAAAAUGAGAGUGAGAUCAAUCCUUCAAUUCUUGUCGGAGCCGUAGAAAAAGAUGAUGAUAGUAAGGAUUAUAACUUUAGACAGAAUAACAACUUAUUGGUAAUUAAUGUAGAUAGAAUUAUAGAUAAUAAUAUCACAUCUGAAGGCGAAGCCCAGGAUGAACCUCUUGAACUUGAUAAGAUGUUAGGACCUAAAUUUUUAGAUGAUGUCUCGGUAAAUAGUUCUAGGGUAGAAUUGAGUAAUACUCGUAGAAUUGAGCAGAUGGUUGAACCUGAACAUCAAACAUUGCGCAACAACAGUUUGCAUUUGAAUGACGGUUUUAGUAUUGAUGAGAGUGAGAAUGUGGAGAGUUGGAACCAAGCAAAUCUAGUACAAUUUGAGGAUUUGAGGGAGCUCCCAGACACUGAAUUUACCUUGUUAAGGAAUGAUUCGAAGAUUAUGCGUACUCGAAGAAGAAAAAAAGGGAGACCUGGGCCGCCGACCAUAGUAAUACCCAUUGAUAGGAUAAACAAAAUGGUAUCUCAACACUUUUCUUCUUCAAUUAAAUUGAAACCUCAGUUGCUGUCUCUUAAGGAUCGUGACAAGGAAAUUUAUGAUGCAAAGUUGAAGAUUCUGAAUUCUGCUGCGCCAAAUGUUGUCAAAGAACUUUAUGCUCCUGUUUUCAGAAAUGUUUCUGUGUUUAUGAGGAGCUACGAAUUAAUGGAGAAAACAUUAAGAGUUUAUGUUUAUAAAGAUGGGAAAAAACCCAUAUUUCAUCAACCAUUACUGAAAGGACUAUAUGCUUCAGAGGGAUGGUUCAUGAAACUCAUGGAGGGAAACAAGCACUAUGUUGUGAAAAACCCAAAAAAGGCACACCUAUUUUAUAUGCCUUUGAGCUCAAAGAUGCUGGAGUAUACUCUGUAUGUGCCAAACUCUCAUAACCGUACGAAGUUGAUGCAAUGUGUUAAAGAUUAUAGUUUACAAAUUGCAGCUAGAUAUCCAUUCUGGAACCGAACCGGGGGAGCAGAUCACUUUGUUGUUGCAUGCCAUGACUGGGCCCCAUAUGAAACAAGGCAGUAUAUGAAGAACAGCAUCAAAGCUCUUUGCAACGCUGAUAUAACCAUAGGAUUCAAAAUAGGAAGGGAUGUAUCGCUGCCAGAAACAUUAGUCCGCAUUGUGAAAAAUCCUACAAGAGAUAUUGGAGGAAAACAGCCAUCGUAUAGGAACAUUCUGGCCUUCUAUGCUGGAAACAGCCAUGGGUAUCUCCGUCCAAUCCUGUUAAGACAUUGGAAGGACAAGGACCCUGAUAUGAGAAUAUAUGGUGUAUUGCCCAUAAGUAUAUCUAAACGGACGAGCUAUAUCCAGCACAUGAAGAGUAGCAAGUAUUGCUUAUGCCCUAAGGGUCACGAGGUCAAUAGCCCAAGAGUCGUGGAGGCCAUCUUAUACGAAUGUGUGCCCGUGAUAAUAUCAGACAAUUUUGUGCCUCCCUUUUUCGAGAUCUUGAACUGGGAGGCAUUCUCGAUCAUUAUAGCAGAGAAAGACAUUCCAAAGUUGAAAACGAUAUUGACAUCAAUACCAGAAGAGAAGUAUAUGAAGUUGCAAUACGCAGUGAGAAGAGUACAGAAGCAUUUCCUCUGGCAUGCUCGGCCUAAGAAAUACGACAUUUUUCAUAUGAUUCUUCAUUCUAUUUGGUAUAGCAGAGUAUUUCAGAUCCCAAGCCGAUAAAAAAUCAUGAUGGGUUCAAAGGAAUUUUUUCGUCUAUGUUCUUUAAAUCUUAAAAGAAUAAAAGAAAGUUUACAUGAUAAUUCGGUGUUAGUAACUUUUCUACAUGGUUUUGGACAUAGUUUUAAAAUUAUUUUUUUUUAGUAAUCUAAUAAUAGCAAGUAUUUCCCAAUUAUUAUAUUUGAUUGUUAAAUAAAAAUACUUACUAUUUUAAUAUAUGUUAAGAUUAUCGCAC